AUGGAGCUCUGGAACUCCACCUGGGCCAGUGGCUUCAUCUUGGUGGGGAUUCUGAAUGGCAGUGGCUCUCCUGAGCUGCUCUGUGCCACAGUCACAGCCCUGUACCUGCUGGCCCUGACCAGCAAUGGACUGCUGCUCCUGGUCAUCACAAUGGAUGCCCGGCUCCACGUGCCCAUGUACCUCCUGCUCAGGCAGCUCUCUCUCAUUGACCUCCUCUUCACUUCGGUCGUCACUCCCAAGGCUGUCGUGGAUUUUCUGCUCAGAGACGACACCAUCUCCUUUGGGGGCUGUGCCCUUCAGAUGGCCCUGGCACUGACACUGGGUGGUGCAGAGGACCUUCUUCUUGCCUUCAUGGCCUAUGACAGGUAUGUGGCCAUUUGUCAUCCUCUGAACUAUAUGAUCUUCAUGAGUCCGAGGGUCUGCUGGCUCAUGGUGACAAUGUCAUGGACACUGGCAUCUCUGAGUGCCCUAGGGCAUACCAUGUUCACCAUGCACUUCCCUUUCUGCAUGUCAUGGGAAAUCAGACACCUGCUUUGUGAGAUCCCUCCCUUGCUGAAGCUGGCCUGUGCAGACACUUCCCGAUAUGAGCUCUUGGUUUACGUGACAGGUGUGACAUUCCUCUUACUUCCACUUUCUGCCAUCAUUACAUCCUACAUACGAAUUCUGUUCACUGUGCUCCACAUGCCCUCAAAUGAAGGAAGGAAGAAAGCCCUUGUCACCUGCUCUUCCCACCUGACUGUGGUUGGGAUGUUUUACGGGGCUGCAACAUUCAUGUACGUCCUGCCCAGCAACUUUCACAAUACCAAGCAAGACAAUAUCAUCUCUGUUUUCUAUACAAUUGUCACCCCAGCUUUGAACCCUCUCAUCUAUAGCCUGAGGAAUAAGGAGGUCAUUGGAGCUUUGAGAAGGGUCCUGGGAAGAUAUAUUCUGCCAGCACACCCCAGUCUUUAG